AUGAACUCCUGGCGCAAGAAGAAGCAGCAGCAGCAGCAGAAGCAAUUCGACAGCCCGGCCUCGUCGACGUCGUCUCUGGCAUCGACCCUCAGCGAGAAGUCGACGCCGUCUUCUUCUCCCAAGCCCAGCAAGAAGAAGACGACGCUUGCCAGCAAGCUGACGCGCCGACCGAGCACCGAGAGCUUCGCCAGCGACAUGGUGCCGCUGCGAGGGACCAUGUCGUUCCAGUCGACCGCCGAGACGCUGAGGAGCAGCGACGAUGGGAACUCCUUCCUGGACGACAAGAUCUAG